CCCGCCCUCCGCAGCGCCACUGCAAUGGCUGAGCCGGGCCGUCGGACGCCGCUGCCCGGAGCCCCUGAGCCGCCCGCUCGCGGGGAGCCUUGGUGAGUGAGAAAAUGUAGCGGAGCCCCAGCUCGGCGCGCACAGCCCAGCCUGGACGAGCGGCCCGCCCCGAGCGCCCCUCGGGCCAGCCUCACCAUGUCCAAGAAGGGCGCGGGCGGCCGAAGCAAGGGGGACAAGGCAGAGGUCCUCGCAGCGCUGCAGGCCGCCAACGAGGAGCUGCGGGCCAAGCUCACCGACAUCCAGAUCGAGCUGCAGCAGGAGAAGAGCAAGGUCAGCCGGGUGGAGAGGGAGAAGAACCAGGAGCUCAGGCAGGUGCGCGAGCACGAGCAGCACAAGAGCGCCGUCCUGCUCACCGAGCUCAAGAGCAAGCUGCACGAGGAGAAGAUGAAGGAGCUGCAGGCCGUGCGGGAGACGCUGCUGCGGCAGCAUGAGGCCGAGCUGCUGCGGGUCAUCAAGGUCAAGGACGGCGAGAACCAGCGGCUUCAGGCGCUGCUGCACGCCCUGCGUGACGGCGCCCCCGACAAGGUGCGCACCGUGCUGCUGUCCGAGGCCAAGGAGGAGGCCAGGAAGGGCUUCGAGGUGGAGAAGGUGCGGAUGCAGCAGGAGAUCUCCGAGCUGAAGGGGGCCAAGAGGCAGGUGGAGGAGGCGCUGACGAUGGUCGUCCAGGCCGACAAGGUCAAGGCCGCAGAGAUCAGGAGCGUGUACCACCUGCACCAGGAGGAGAUCUGCCGCAUCAAGAAGGAGUGUGAGCGGGAGGUCCGCCGGCUGAUGGAGGAGAUAAAAUUUAAAGACAGAGCAGUCUUCGUGCUGGAGAGAGAGUUAGGGGUUCAAGCCGGGCAUGCUCAGAGACUGCAGCUCCAAAAAGAGGCUCUAGAUGAGCAGCUGUCCCAGGUCAAAGAGACCGAUCGGCACCUGGGCAGCCCCAGACGGGAACUUCCUCACGCAAGCGGUGCAGGAGACGCCUCAGACCACUCGGGAAGCCCUGAACAGCAGUUGGAUGAAAAGGAUGCUCGGCGUUUCCAACUUAAGAUUGCGGAGCUGAGCGCGAUCAUCCGGAAACUCGAGGACCGCAAUGCCCUGCUGUCGGAGGAGAGGAACGAGCUGUUAAAGCGUUUAAGGGAAGCUGAAAGUCAGUACAAGCCAUUGCUGGAUAGAAACAAACGCCUUACUCGGAAAAACGAAGAUCUGUCCCACACUUUACGUCGGAUGGAAAACAAGUUAAAAUUUAUCACCCAGGAGAACAUAGAGAUGAGACAGAGAGCUGGCAUCCUAAGGAGACCCAGUUCCUUAAACGACCUGGACCAGAGCCAGGAUGAAAGAGAUGUUGACUUCCUGAAGCUGCAGAUCCUGGAGCAACAGCACCUCAUAGACGAGCUCUCCAAGACUCUGGAGACUGCCGGCUACGUGAAGAGCAUGUUAGAGCGUGAUAAGCUUUUAAGAUAUCGGAAACAAAGAAAGAAGAUGGCAAAACUCCCCAAGCCGGUUGUCGUGGAGACCUUCUUUGGAUACGACGAAGAGGCUUCCCUGGAAUCUGACGGUUCUUCCAUCUCUUAUCAAACGGACAGGACAGACCAGACCCCGUGCACCCCAGACGACGACCUGGAGGAGGGCGUGGCCAAGGAGGAGACGGAGCUGCGCUUCCGGCAGCUGACUAUGGAGUACCAGGCCCUGCAGCGGGCCUAUGCGCUGCUGCAGGAGCAGGUCGGAGGGACGCUGGACGCAGAGCGAGAAGUUAAGACCCGUGAGCAGCUACAGGCGGACGUGCAGAGGGCGCAGACGCGGAUCGAAGACCUGGAGAAGGCGCUGGCGGAGCAGGGGCAGGACACGAAGUGGAUUGAAGAGAAGCAAGCGCUGUAUCGGAGAAAUCAAGAGCUCAUAGAAAAGAUUAAACAAAUGGAGACAGAAGAGGCUCGGUUAAAGCAUGAGGUCCAGGACGCGAAGGACCAAAACGAGCUGCUGGAGUUCCGCAUCCUGGAGCUAGAGGAGAGGGAGAGGAAGUCGCCGGCCAUCAACUUCCACCACACCCACUUCGUGGGCGGGAAGAGCCCCCUGCAGGCGUACUGCGAGGCCGAAGGCGUGAUGGACAUCCUGGUCUCGGAGCUGAUGAAGAAGCUGGACCUCCUGGGGGACAACGCCAAUCUGACCAAUGAGGAGCAAGUGGUCGUCAUACAAGCCAGGACAGUCCUGACCUUGGCCGAAAAGUGGCUGCAGCAGAUCGAAGAGACGGAGUCGGCCCUGCAGCGGAAGAUGGUGGACCUGGAGAGCGAGAAGGAGCUGUUCAGUAAGCAGAAGGGCUACCUGGACGAGGAGCUGGACUUCAGGAAGCAGUCCUUGGACCAGGCUCACAAGCACAUCCUGGAGCUGGAAGCCAUGCUGUACGACGUCCUGCAGCAGGAAGCCGGGGCCAAAGUGGCGGACACGCUGUCGGAGGAGGAGCGCGAGAAGCUCAGGGUGGCGGUGGAGCAGUGGAAGCGCCAGGUCAUGAGCGAGCUGCGCGAGCGGGACGCCCAGAUCCUGCGGGAGCGCAUGGAGCUGCUGCAGCUGGCGCAGCAGAGAAUUAAAGAAUUAGAAGAAAGAAUAGAAGCUCAGAAGAGACAAAUAAAGGAACUGGAGGAAAAGCCCUCCGAGGAGCCAGACCCCUUUCCUCCAGCUGGACCAGAGAGCAGCAGGUGCCCCAGUGGCAGAGAGAGACGCCGCAUCUCAUUCCUGAAGACUCAAGAGGAUCUGGGCUCUGCAUACCCCCUCCCGUCGAGGAAGAGGGAGAAAGGGGGUCUUUGAGCACCUCUGCGGGGGACUGUCCAUUUUGAUGAGCCAGAAUUAGAACUAGUUCUCUGACUGGGGCUCCUCUGAAAAGACCUUGUCUUGGCUGUGGACCCUGGGCUCCUUCCUUGGGACGCAGCCUCCCAAUCCUACUUACAGGGACGUGCGAGCCCCCUGCUGCACAGGUGUAAGAGCUGCUUCUGUGCAGGAGCCCCAAACCCCCACCUCCCUUUGUUCCCUUGAUGACAAAAGGUGUCUCAAAGGAAGAUUCCCAGAAACAACGCAGGCACCCCGCAAAAUGCCGCAAUGAAGCUGCCGCCACGGUGGUGACCUUCGUUCAGGGAAAUGGGGACGGUUCACGGAGCAUCUCAAGGACCGUUGCCCCGCGUCUUCCAGGACGGACGGGCUAUGAAGACGCUGCGACUCACUGACUGGGGUCCUCAGCACUUACUGACCGACACCUCCUGCCACCCUGCCUCAUUGAUGACGCUGUCACUCGUGGGAACAGAACUCUGGCUGCAGCUUCCCGCCCUGAGCUGCGCCGAGGGACUGACCGAAGGGGUGACUGGGGAGCCUGGUAGUGGGAGCUGGGACCCGAGCAGUGGACCGACUGGGAAGGGACCUGACCUCAUCGGAGAUGCAGGGGCCAGAGGACACCUUGGACUGUGCAGCACCGCAGAGGCCCUCAGGCUGCAGGCGAGGCCAGAGCCACCCCGUCCAGAGCUCCAGCCUGCGCGCUCGAGGGGCAGUGCCCGGCGAGGAUGACAGAGCCCCGGGGUUCUGCGGACGUGAGAAGGGGGCCCGACGCCCAGCUGGCCAGCAGAGAAGAAGCAGCACGUCGCCGAAGCCUACUUAGAGCGUGAUUUCCAUGCCGCCGAGCGUCGUGGUCCAUGGCCCGGGGGAGUCUUCCCGCAUCUGGACACAGCCCAACACGCGGCUUGGAGGUGGCUCGUCUGUGGACCUCGCACCCUUGGGGGCCUAAGGUUGUGCUGUCAGUGCUGAAUUUGCAAGGGGUACGUGUGCAUGUGUGUGCGCAUGCAUGAGUCAGUGUGUGU